GUGACCUCGCCUCUGUCCAAUCCCGUGGCAGAAUCGAAGGGCUCGUAAUUUUGAACAGAUGGGGAAGUGACGACGCCAAAAUAUUACCAUUUAAUGCUUCGUGUAGGGAAAUAAGUUCACAAUGGUCGCGUUUUUAUCAUUUUCUGAAUUGAAUUGACACAUUCUGGUGGUUUGGGAUAAACAUGAGUUCGCAUAUCAUCACUCCCGGGCCUUACCGAGCUACGAAGUUGUGGAAUGAGGUGACCCGUCUGUUCCGGGCCGGUAUGCCCGUCAAGAAGCACCGGCAGAGCUUAAGGAAUCACUCCUCGUGCUUCACGGCCUCCUCGGCUGUGGAAUGGCUGCAUCAGUUGCUGUGUAGCAACAGCAACUUCGGCCCUGACGUCACCAGGCAACAGACAGUCCAGCUGCUCAAGAAGUUUCUGAAGAACCAUGUAAUCGAAGAUGUGAAGGGCCGCUUUGGAACGGAGGAUCUGGAGGACAACAACGCGCUUUACAGAUUUCCAUACACCUCUCCGCUGAAGCCUAUCCCUUGUCCAGCUGCGCCCUCAGCGUCCAAACCUGUGAAGAAAAGACCUUCGCUCCGAGACAAAGACGGUUUCUUCAGGUUUAAAAGUGUUAAGAAAAAUGAGGAUACAGAGGUAACUGUCAAUCCUGAUCGUCACUCAGAGGAAGGAAAAAAAGAGCAGCGGGUACACAGACGAGAGCUAACCGGCGAAGAUGAACGUAAUAUCUGGAGAGACACUACUCUGAUCCACCUCCAAAAGAUUCUUGGUGUGGCAUCUCUGGAGGACGUUUUAGACCACCGUUGCAUAAACCCUCAACACAUCAUCCAUAACAUGACUAAAGUCAAUAAGCAUGGGGUGGUAACUCUGGACGACAAAACUGAUGACCUUCCUCAUUGGGUUUUGUCCGCCAUGAAGAGCCUGGCUAACUGGCCAAAGUACGACAGUGCACAGGCGUCCUAUCCAGGUUUUGAAAGGGAUGUCUUCAAAACUGUGUCCGAUUACUUCUACAGCCUUCCACAGCCAUUACUCACAUACGAACUAUAUGAACUGUUUAUCAAUGUGCUGGUGUAUUGUGGGUACGUUGCAGCACCCACUGCGCACAACCGCGGCAAACGAAAGAAGCAAGACCUUCCGUCAGCGCCCCCUCCCGCCAAGACAUCAUUUCGCUCCACAGAAUGUCUCCUCCUGUCGCUGCUCAGACAGGGAAGUUGUGAUGAGACCGAGUCGCCGAUGCGGGAAGUGCUUAGUGGGAAAGUUCAGUCCAAAUUGGCUGUGCAGAGCGGAAACUGUGUUAGUGCGGACAAUGGUCACUUGGGGAGAAGCUGCGUGAACCUGAGCACUGCUGGAUCCUUGAGGCAGCAAACCAGGAGCUGCUCACUGGAAACAAUCCUUGAUGACUCAACCUCUCUGACAAGGCAACCAAUGUUUUUGUCCAGUGAUAGCUUGGCGUCUUCCAAGAGGAGCCAAGAUAACGAACUUUGGGCACCUCUCAGUUAUUCAGGAUUUACUUCUGCUUCAACAACCGUUCCAUCGCUAAGUGCUCCACAAACCUCCAACAAGCCGAGGAUGCAUAAAUUGCGACCACGGAGUGUGGGCAGCUGUUUGGACAUAGUUGUAGAGACCAAUGAAGAAGAGAUUAAAGAGAUGAGGUGGAAAGGCCGGGCUGCAAGCUGCCUAAACGUAAACACUUCCGGGGAACGGAAUCACUCCCUUGUAACUGCACACCUUCCAUUUGCAUGCACCAAGACACGCUCCGGCUUUUCGUCUUCUGCGACCAAAGCACACUCGCCUCACGCUGUUGCAGAACCCAGUAAGCCCAGACUGGCUUCCAGCACGUCCAGUCUUUGGACCUUGCCGCCACCCGCUGCGAUUCGCCGUUGCCUCAGCUCUCUGGAUGUGUCCAAGCGGCCUCGACUCACUUCACUGCAUAAACCGUCUGCUCGUGUGCCCACCGCCAGCACGCAGCCCCCUCUACCCAAAUCUGAACACAGCCUGCUCCAGCCUCACAAAGAGCGCGUGGCCAUCGAGGCCCUGCAGCUGUGCACCCUCCUCCUGCCCCCGGCAUCUCGGAGGAAGUUGCAGCUCCUAAUGAGGAUGAUGUCUCGCAUCAGCCAGAACGUGGACAUGCCCCGCCUGCACCCUGCCAUCGGCACCCGAACUUUGAUGGUGCACUCGUUUUCAAGCUGUGUUCUUGGCAGUGCUGAGGAGUGCGAUUUGGACGAGCUGUUGGCCACUAGGCUGGUUUUUUUUCUUAUGGAUCAUCAGCAAAGCAUCCUGUCCGUUCCAGAUUAUCUCCUCACUGCCAUCCAUGACCAUGUGCAGUAUCUGCGCACAGCUCAGAUCCCAGUGGACAACGCCGUCGUUGAUGGUGGCAACGCAGUGUGCCAUCCGCUGCCUUUGUUUACGUUCUGUCGUCAGAUCAGCGGUGCAGAGUUUGAGCAGCAAAGGUUAGCAUCUUCCCAGAAGGCCAUGGAGGAGUUACUGGAGAUGCUGGUGACGGACCAAAACAUGACUGAGAAGGACAGGCGCAAAAAGUUGAAGCAGUUUCAGAAGCAGUACCCUGACAUCUAUGCUCAGCGGUUCCCCCCCACAGAGAAGGCAAGUAAGACUGACAACAUGCCAAAGAUUAAAGCUCCACUGCUCAAUAUCAAGAAGACCAAAGUUUUCAGUAUCAGGAACUAAAACCGGCGACGGGUCUCACUGUUGCUGACAUUCGGCCUCCAGCUAAGAUCGCUGCACUAGAACUGCACUCUCACACUGUUACCUUGGAAACCAUGAUCACUGUUUGUGCAACUCAGCUGGGAUAUUUUAGUCAGGUUUUAGUUAGGUGUCCACUUGUGUGCGUGUUUAUGCCAGUUGUACCUAUUUGGGAAAUUAGAAUUCUUGAGUUACAAAAGUUAUGCCAGUGGCUUGAUAUCAAUGGCUUGAAAAGCAAAUACGCUUAUUAAGCUUGUCAAAAUUACUAUUCAUUUUCACACGGGUGAAUUUUUAUUCAAAAUGUUCAGUGCUUGCUUGUACAGUAUAAGUUUGUGUUAAGUUUUCCAGAUUGUUUAAGCUUUAUGUUGUUUAAAGUCAGCUUGAACGGCAUCUUAGUUAAUUGGCUGUUGUGUAGUAAUGUUUUGCACUGGGUUUAGAACUUCAUAAUUCAAUGUUUUAUUUAUACAAAGGGUAUACUCGUAACAUAACAGACUCCUUUUUCAGAAGGGUUCUAUUAGACACAUGCAAUUGUUUAGAGGAUAAAGUUCAUUCCUAAAACUUACAAUCAAAUAGUGCUUUUCGGGAAUUACUUUGAAUUGAAACCAUCUUGUAUUUAUUGAUCUCAUUUUUUUUUAUGAAGUAUUAUUUUAUUAGUAUUGGUUACCUCUAUUAUGCACUGCAGUGUUUAUGAAGCCCAGUUGCACACUUUUCCUCCAUGUCCUCAACUAUGCAAAUUCUUGGGAAAUAAACAUUGAGCUGUU